AUGGACAAUGAAGAAGACCAAGCAAUCAGGGCCGAGGAUAGAGAUGAAGUUCCUCCCCUCAGACAGUCUGUUGCAAGACAGAGUCUCCGAAGUAGAGGACCCGCGACAAGUGUGGAGGAAAUUCUUACAUGCUAUGGUCAGAACAAAACUCUACAGAAGGAAAUAGCGAAGCUAUCCACCGGUGGAAACCGCUAUGACAGGAACAAGGAUUCUGAUGACAACUGCUGGAACACCAAUAGUUUGUUUGCGGGGCAGCCCAGCAAGAAACAGAAGCUGAGUCCACCAGUGCCAGCAUCGGCAAUUCUUAGAGGAUGCGAAAGUGAAGCAUCUGAGGUUUCAGAAGUCUCAGAAGCUGAGGAAGAUGGAAAGAAGAGAGCCGUGCCUGAACCAAGACGUCAUAUAGUGGAGGCAAACCAGAUAUCCGAAUUCAUAAGAACGCACACAGUUUGUCGCAGUGGCUAG